AAAGAUUCAGAUAUUAAUAAUUUAUUUAAAUAUAAUGACAAAAUAUGCGAGUUCAUAAAUAUAUGUGAACAUUAUAAAAUUCAUAUGAACUCUCAACAAAAGCCCGAACUUAAGAAAACAUACAAUUCAAUUGAACACAAUAUACAAUAUUUAAGUAAACAUAUAGAGACUGCUAAAAAGGAUAAUAUCCUUUUAAAAAAAAAGUUAAAGAGAUCUACUGAUCCUUUAUUUUUAUUAACAUUAGAACAAAAAAAUAAACAGUUAUGUAUAGAUAUAGAAAAUCGUAAAAAAGAAAUUAAAUUUUUAAAAGAAAGUAUAAGAAAAAAUGAAAAACUAUUAGAUUCCAACAAAAAAAAACCGAACCCAGUAUCUUUAGAAAAGGAGUAUAGAAAUUUAUUAAACCAACAAUCUAAUUUGUGUUCUAGAUUAAUACAGCUACAAAAUGGAAGCAGGCUAUAUGAGGAAAGUAUUCAAAGAAUUGAUGACCAACUUGAAGAAAUAAAAAAAAAAAUGAACGAUUUGAAUUUGGAAAAAAAAAACGAAAAAGAACAUUUGAUAGAAGGGGUAAGCGAUAUGAGUAAAGAAAAUUUAGAAAAAAAAAUAUUCUUAUUAAAUACAAAAAGAGACGAAUUAAAAAAAGAAAAAAAUAAUAUUAUUAAUAAUCUUAAUAACUCCUUAUUAAAAUUAAAAAAGCAAAUUUCUGUUUUGGAAAAUGAGAAAAUUAAUUUAUUAAAUGAUGAAAAAAGUCAUAUAGAAAAGUCACAAAUAUUAAAGAGGACAUUAAACACAAAGAUGAAUAAAAUGAAUAAGCAUGAGAAUAAAAUAAAAACGAAUGUUAUAAAAAAGAAAGAUAUGAAUAAGAAAGAGCAAAUCGAAGAACAACAGGAGGAUAACACGCUCAAAGAAGACAACAAAAAUGAAAAAGUACAUUAUGUAAAAGAUAUAAAAGAAGAUAAUGAUAUACAACAUUAUAAUGAAAAUAAUAAAUAUAUGUAUCAACAAAAUAUACACUCUUUGAAGUAUGAACAAAAUGUUGAAAGAUAUGAUCGUACAAUAACACCUCAACCAUCUAAUAAUUUUAUUGAAAGUUUGUUAGAAGACCAAACACCUGAACAUAAACAAGAUAUUAAUCCAAUUAUAAAAACACAAGAGGAUGUAAGCAAACCUUGGGAAGAAAAUGGAAACAAUAAUAUAUAUGAUGAUAUAAACAAUGAAAAUAUAACAAAAUAUAACACCAAAAAAAAAAAAAUAAAAAAUAAUAGUAAUGUAUUUCUUCCACAGUUCGAAGAAGACAUACUCCUUAAACUUCAAAAAACGGUCAACAUGAAAUUGAAUGAAAAAAAAGAAAAAGAGGAACACAUGAUACAGGAAGAGAUAAAAGAUGUAGAACAAGAUAUAAAUGAUGAUGAUGUGGUUGAAGAAGAGAUAAAAAAGGUCGAACAAGAUAUAAAUGGUGAUGAUGUGGUUGAAGAAGAGAUAAAAGAUGUAGAACAAGAUAUAAAUGAUGAUGAUGUGGUUGAGGAAGAGAUAAAAGAUGUAGAACAAGAUAUAAAUGAUGAUGAUAUGAUUAAUGAAGAGAUAAAAAAGGUCGAACAAGAUAUAAAUGAUGAUGAUGUGGUUGAUGAAGAGAUAAAAGAUGUAAAACAAGAUAUAAAUGAUGAUGAUGUGGUUGAGGAAGAGAUAAAAGAUGUAAAACAAGAUAUAAAUGAUGAUGAUGUGGUUGAGGAAGAGAUAAAAAAGGUCGAACAAGAUAUAAAUGAUGAUGAUGUGACGGUUGAGGAAGAAAUCGAUGAGAGAGAUGAACAUGAAAAUGAAAUAAACGAACCUGAAAUUCAUAAAGAAAUAAUUAAAGAAGAUGGCAUAUUAGAUGAUAUAAUAAAUAAUGAUGAAAUAAAAAUGAAUGAUAAUAUAAAAGAUGAAAUUUUAGAAAAGGAUAAAAAGGAAGACAUGAUAUUAAGAGAUGAAAGGGAAAAUGAAACAUAUACAAAUAAUAUACAACAAUAUAAUAAUUCAUAUAAUAUAACAAAUGAUGAACAAACUUUUAAAGAUGAAGACAUCUUUGAAAAAAUGAAUAAUAAUGACAACUUUAAAGAAAUAAAUGAACCUGAUAAAGAUAUGAUAAAACAAGAAAAUAUUAUUUUACAUGUUACUGAAAAGAGUGUCAUGACAAAUGAUCAAAUAGAGAAAGGGAUCCAAAAUAAAGAAGAAGAAAUAAAUGAAGAUAUGGAAAAGGAAACUUUGAACUUUUAA